AUGGUGGUCGCGUCCGGGCUGAUGUACUUCGUCUACUCCGAUAUCGCGGCCGCGUGGGUGCAGCUGUACUCGAAGACCAUCUCGUCCGUGCUCUUGACCAUGACCAGGAUGAACGCCCCGAUCAACUACGUGGGGCCGCUUGAGUGGGUCUACACGACCUGCCAGAAGUGGUCGAUGCCCACCAUGAAGAUCCUCCCGAGCAUCUGUAUCGGCACGGUGAGGGUGACGUACGUGGUUGAGUACAUGCCCACGAAGUGCAUCAUGAAGUACCGCCAGCACCCGAACGUUGUGAAGCCCAUGGACCCAAACGACGCGUGGAACAGCGCUUGCAACGGGCCUAAUCAGCCUACGCUACGGCCACCCCCAGGGUGA